GGGUCUCCGUUCAGAACCUUCUCUGUAUCUAUAAAACGCAAUAGUGUCUGCUUUCUAUCUCUCUCUCCGUUUCCUCAGAUUUCGCAGAACUCUCUCUGCAACCUCUCUAUCUCUAAGAAUCUUCCUGUCAUGGCGUCGUCUCAAGCUAGCCUCCUCCUCCAAAAGCAGCUAAAAGAUCUUUGUAAGAAUCCGGUUGAUGGUUUCUCGGCCGGGUUGGUCGAUGAGAACAACAUAUUCGAAUGGAGUGUUACAAUUAUCGGACCACCAGAUACUCUUUAUGAAGGGGGGUUUUUCAAUGCCAUCAUGAGCUGGGCUCCCAACUAUCCGAACAGCCCUCCAACAGUGCAGUUUACUUCAGAGAUUUGGCAUCCUAAUGUUUAUCCUGAUGGGCGUGUUUGUAUAUCAAUUCUUCAUCCUCCUGGUGAUGAUCCAAAUGGCUACGAGCUUGCAAGUGAACGCUGGAUGCCUGUCCAUACAGAUUGAAGUUUAUAAAAGUGGGAAUAUUGCUCUGGAGAUAUGUCAAAAAGGUUUAUCCCAUUAGACCUGGAUAAUGAGAAACAUAGUGUCUAUUUAGUUUUGAGGAUACAGACUAAAAUCUGAUUUGCUUGAAAUUUAAAGCAGAAGACCAA